ACUUGCACAUUCGGCAACAUCGACAACACGUGUGGCCUUAAGAAAAACAUGGAUAUUUACCGGCUUUCAUAGACCGAAGAAAACUCAGUGAGUGAAGAAGAGCAGAUGAGUUUGAUUGGGAAAUAUCAACCAGGACCUUCAAGCAAAACGUUAUAUUACAGAGGAGUAAAGAAUAAAUAAACUUAUUACUUACUUAUUCUGGUUGUGCAAAGUUUCCUGUGUUUUCUUGUAAAUAAUCAGCUUCCUGAUAAAUUUAGAAAAGAAUGGAUCUUACAUCCAAACAUGGGCUGGUGCUGCUCGAACAGCUCAGGAAGAUGAGAGAGGUCGAGCAUCUGACGGACGUCGUGCUGGUCGCUGAGGGCAUCAGCUUCCCCUGCCACCGAGUCAUUCUGUCUGCCUUCAGCCCUUACUUCCGCGUCAUGUUCACGUGUGGUUUGCGUGAGUGCAGUAACAGGGAAAUUUUCCUGCGUGACACCCCUGCAGACAGCCUGGCCCUCCUCCUGAACUACAUGUACACCUCAGAUCUUCCUCUCACUAAUGACAAUGUGCAAGGUAUAUCAAUUGCAGCUUUUCUCCUGCAGAUGGAUGAGGUCUUUGCACGCUGUCGGCAGCACAUGACUGAGAACAUGGAUGCUUCCAAUUGUCUCGGAGUGUAUUUCUUUGCCCGUGACCUUGGUGCAGAGGAGCUGGCUGAUCACGCUCAACGCUUCCUAAGGCAGCACUUUGUCCAAGUCUGCCAGAAUGAGGAGGUUCUGGAGCUGGAGGCCCAUCAGCUUGGAAAGCUCCUGAGUUCUGAUGAUCUCAAUGUGACGAGAGAAGAAACUAUCUUAGAUGUUGUCCUUCGCUGGGUCAAGAACAACUCUCUGAUGGAUGGAGAGGUCCGUGCUCGGCAUCUACCUGAGCUCCUGAAGAAGGUCCGUCUGCCACUGGUAAACCCCGACUACUUAAGAGAGGCCAUGAGGAGGAACACAGCUCUGUUGGCUGACGCUGAAUGUCUGGAGAUGCUGAAUCAAGCACUGGAGGCUGCGACCAUGCACCCCUCUGCUGCGCCACGCAAACUGAAGCUGAGGUACGGAAUGGAAACCACAGAUCUGCUGCUCUGUGUUGGUAACGACGGCGGAGGGAUCAGGUCAAGGUAUGGCAACUACACAGAACGAAGCUUUUGCUUUGCCCCAUCCACUGGCCGAGCCUACUACAUCACCUCCCCUCGCUAUGGAGACGCUCUGGGAUACGUGUGUGCUGGAGUCGUUACUGAAAGAAACGACAUUGUUGUAGCAGGAGAGGCAAGUGCACGCAGAAUGGCCCGACAGAAAGACAUGAACGUUGAAAUCUACAGGUAUAAAGUAGAAGCCCAGGGAAGCUGGGAACCUCUAACAUCCGCGGAGUACCGGGACUCCUACGCCCUGGGGUCUCUGGGAGACACUCUGUACCUCUUGGGGGGGCAGAUGAAGCUAAAGAACCAGUUUCUCAUCACAAAUUGUGUGGAGCGGUGGUCUCUGCAGGGGGGGCCCUGGCGGAGUGCAGCACCUCUGCCUUUGCCUUUGGCCUACCACAGUGUGGUCAGAAUUAAAGACUGCCUUUAUGUGUUGGGUGGACGCACUCCACAGUCAUACCGUAUGGAUGAUGAGCCGGACCGUCUUAGUAACCGCCUCCUGGAGUACAAUCCAAACACAAACAAAUGGACUGAGCUCGCUCCAAUGAAGUACUCCAAGUACCGCUGCAGUGCUUUGGUGCUGAAUGGGGAAAUCUUUGUAAUAGGGGGAAUAGGGUGUGAGGGAAUGGACCGUGGGCAAUCACGUCAUUGCCUGAGUGCUGUGGAAAUCUACAACCCAGAUGGAGAUUACUGGAAGGAUGGACCUCCUCUCCCGUGUCCCCAGCUCUCACUGCGUACUAAUGCCUCCAAUGCAGGAGUUGUGGGAGGAAAAAUUUAUGUUUGCGGAUAUUACAAAGGAGCAGAUCGUCAUGACGAUAUAACAAAGGACAUACUGGAGCUGGAUCCAUGGGAGAACCGGUGGACAGUGGUGACCCGGCGCGCACUGAUGCACGACAACUAUGAUGUCUGCUUGGUGGCAAGUCUCAAUCCGAGGGGCCUCGUAUCCCCACCCUCAGAUUUGGUCAAACUGUGAUCCACAGCUGUCAGUCAGAGUAGAGUUUGGAUGCAAGAAUUCAGCAAAGGAAAUUAAACAGUGAUGCACUUAUUAGUCUGCGUGGAAGAGAGUAUGCGCUUAAUGACUUGAAUGCACUUUGGUAGGCAGAGAUGUGAUUUGUAAAUACUAUUUUGUGUGUAUUGCUCCUGCAGAGAGGAUUUCCUGAAUCUUGCAGCCUCAUGGUGAAUAUUUAAACCUGCCUAUUUUUACAAAUAUAAAGAAGUGAUUCCCGUCACAUCUGUCAUGAUUAAUAAUGACGCGUGUUUCUUCGAUAUAACAUAUAAACCAAACUUGGAUUCGGACAUCCCCAGAAAAGGUGAUUCAGUUUUUGAUGUUGACUACAAAUGCAAAAUGGCAAACCAUGUACAGGAAGCGCCUCUUAUAGUUUUAUAAAUUAAGCAUUUUACAUCAUAGCUGUUGAACUGUAUUUAGUAUGCUUGCUGAAAGCUGAAUAAAAAUGUAAUUGUUUUUGGAAAUAAAUAUGCACUUUAUUUGGA